CACCCAAUCCCAGACGGCUCUGCUCUGUGUCUGUCUCCUCCGCUACCUUUUGCGUUUUCCCCCCUCCAACUCCUCUCUAUUUCCUUCGAAGCCCCUCGUUCCCCUCUCUCUCUCUCCUCCACCUCGCUCCCACCUCCUCCUCCUCGGCUUUGCUGAUCCAGGACGAGCCAAUCGAGCUCGCCGACGGGCGGAGCCACCACCACCACCACCCAUCCCCGGCGCCGCCAUGCUGGCUUCCGCGAGGGGGUUCUGGGGGCGGCACCGGCGGAAGAUACUGGUCUCGCUCGGGGUCGCCGGCGCCGGCUACGCCGCGUACAGGUACUUGGACUCGCACCGGAGGCAGCUCGUCCGGGUGGAGCAGCGCGCGCUGGAGGAGCGCGCCGCCGAGGAGAUCAUCAAGAACCAAUUGCAGACCCACUUUGAAAAUGUGCAGAAGAUCUCAGACACGACCACACUGCCUUUUGCUAUGCAUUAUCUCCGUUCAAGGAUCAUGGAGGAAUUGGAUAUUUCACACCUGACUGAGAAGCUAAUGCACGGGAAGGGAGAAUCCAGUGCCCCUGCCCUGACACCAAAGGAGAAGUAUGACACUUGGGAGAAGAUCAAAAUUUUGAGUUUCACAAGGACUGUUUCUUCAAUAUGGGCGAUGACGUUGCUUAGCUUAUAUGUUAGAGUCCAGGUCACCAUAUUAGGCAGACAUCUCUACUUAGAUUUUGCUCGUGUUACGGAUGGUGCGCAAUUACAGGAGGGUUCUGACACCUUUAGCAAAAGCGGGCACAAAGACUUUCUUGCAACUGCUGAUUACCUUGCCACAUAUGGUAUCAAUGCAUUAAUUACAAAGAUGCAGCAUGCUGCAACAGAAAUCUUGAAAGAGAAACAACUGAAAGACCCUAUGGGCAUUGAUGAAGUCCUAGAAACAAUUUUACAAAUAUUGAAGCAGUUCAUGGGUCUUUGUGAAGAUAACUCUUGGAUAAACUACCUUGUACCUGAGAAUGCCAAUGUGUAUGCACAGUUGAUGGCUGUGUCCAGUAGUGGCUUUGAUGAUUCUUCACUUCUGAAGGAUGUUAGGAAGCUUGAUCAGUUAAUGUCUGAGACACGUAUAGUUUUGUCAAGUGAUGAUUUCAGAAAUAUCAUGGAUAGAUCAUUGAAGAAGAUAGCUAGCGUGGUGGUAGAGGACUUGGCUGUACAGAUUGGAGCUCCAAUUCCUCCACCUGGAUUGCCCUUAGCAAAGCUCUUGGCCAAAGUAGCUCAACUGAGUUUGCCAUUGCUCGAGGAGCCAGAUAAGAACAAGCACAUUCAGAUUAUCCGAAGUAUGCCUGAAGUGGAACUCUUUUACACUUUCCUCUACGCAAACAUGCCACCAGAAACAUAAUGAAGCACACUAAUGUGGAAUGCAAUACAUUGGUCCCGAAUUUUGCCAUUAGAACAAGUCUGAUAUUUUGAGCACUUUCUGAACUCCGGAAACAGAAGGCGGAGAGAAGACUGAUUUAUGCUCCUUGCCCCUAUGUAUGCUGGAGAUGUCCAGUUGUCACUAACACGGAUCUAACUGAGCGCAGUCCUUUCUUAAUUCAUUUCUCUGCUUGUGUGCUUCUAGCUAGAACCAGCACUGUUUCAGCCCUUUUUUUAUAUAUAUUUUUGAGAUCUUACUAUGGAAAUUGUACUUGACCAGGGUUUCAAUGGUUUAUGUAAAGUGUGAUAUACAUGUUACUAUUUCUUUGCUCCUUCAUUCAGAAUGUAAAAUUUUCUACCCAAUGGUUUUGAGAUUGCUGAUAUAUACAUGCUUCCCCAA